CGGAAGCGGGGCGCCUGUUUCCAGGAGGUGACGUCACGGGGCGCCCCGCCCAGCCUCCCUCCCCCUGGUGAUGGAGGAAGAGGCGGCCGCGGGGGGGAAGGCGAAGCAGUUCCCCGCGGUGGUCCGGAUGGGUGUCGGCGGCGGCGCCGCGGGGGCGGGCGUGGACCCCGAGCGCUGCCGCUUCCCCUACUGCGUGGUGUGGACGCCCAUCCCCGUGCUCACCUGGCUCUUCCCCAUCAUUGGUCACAUGGGCAUUUGUACAUCAGCUGGAAUCAUACGAGACUUUGCAGGGCCUUAUUAUGUCUCUGAAGACAACAUGGCUUUUGGGAAGCCUGUCAAGUAUUGGAAGCUAGAUCCAAAUAAAGUAUAUUCCUGUGGCCCCAAUGCUUGGGAUACAGCAGUCCACGAUGCCUCUGAGGAGUACAAGCAUCGUAUGCACAACCUCUGCUGCGACAACUGCCAUUCACAUGUUGCGCUGGCCUUAAAUCUCAUGCGCUACGACAACAGCAGCUCCUGGAAUAUGAUCAAACUGUGCUUCCUCUCCCUGUUAUACAGCAAGUACGUCAGCAUAGGAGGAUUUGUGAAGACCUGGCUUCCCUUCAUCCUCUUUUUGGGGAUUGUCCUGACAGUCAGCCUUACCCUUCACCUACGGUGAUGGACGACCCCCGCCGUCAGCACUGAAAACUGUGGGCCAUUCAGUCCAACGAGGAGCUACUCGGUCUGGGAAGUCUUUGGGGAAGAAGUCCAUCUUGCUUUGUAUUGCCAACUCGCUAUCUCUCCUGUGGGACUGCCCUUACUUCAGUGUGUAUUUCCCCCCUCCCCGCUAAAGGUAAGGGUGGGCGACCAUCACGUCUUGCUUCUCAACACGUCCCCCUCGUCAUGAAGAUUACUCUAGGAGGUCGAGCUGUGCAGAUUUCUGGUUGUGGGGCACGGAGGGGUGCGGCUGAUUCUGAGGUUCUCCUGUCUUGUGGCAGGGGUGGGAUUCCUGGCUGGAGGUGGUUGUGGGGUCUCUGCAUUGCGAGUAGGGUUGGCCAUUAAUAUAUCUGUUUGCCUACCAUUACAGUGCUCAGACAGGUGAUGCGGAGCCCAGGGAUGAGGCUAAUGUCUCCUUUCUGCUUUUUUGGAUCGUACUUGACCACAGCAUGUGGCUCACGCAUUCCUCUGAAAGUGCUUUUUCUCAUUUGGCGUUCUUAGGAGAUGCCAUCCCUCUUCUGAGGCGGCUGGUUUUUUCUCAUCCUCCCACCAGCGGUAGCUGUCUCUGCUGGAAGCAAGAUUGUCCUUGAAUAGUCCUUGACUGAGCUUAUGCUGAGAGUUUUAUGACAAACUCCUGCUGCCCUUCACAGCUCUAUAGUUCCCAGAAUUUUGCACAUCGCAGGGAGAGGAAUGCCAGAUACUUAAGGUGUUUGUUUUUUUCCCCUAGUUCGUUAUUAGGCUGCACCCCAGAAAGUUCCAGAAGCAUAACCAGUGCUGGGAAAUGUUUGUCCUCUUUUGCCCAGAGGGCUGAAUUUUGACUGCUGCAAACCGAUAGGACAUUUGAACAGAGGAGGAUGUAAGGGGAGAAAGGCUUCUGCAUCCACAGAAGCAGUAGAGAGUUGGGUGCUUUCUGUCCCCAGCACACCAGUCCUCUCUAUCCCCAACACACCAGUCCUCAGUUUCCCAAAAAAGCUUAACUUUGGCUUCUGGUCUUGCCGUUGUUGCUCAGAUACCUCUUUUUAAAAAACGGUGUGUGGGGGUCCCCUUAGGCCCAGUGUGGUAACCUGAAGUCCUCGAGAGGUUUAGUUAGGCGUUGGAUCACACGCCAAAGGGGAUGUUUUUUAAAGCAUUUGCAUUUCGGUUUUACAAAGAAGCUGUCUGAUUGGUCAGACUCAUCCGCUCCCUAGCACUGCUCUCCGGAACAACCGACCACAAUACAAGGUUUUCUCUUACCUUUUCUUGGUUGUCUCUCCCCCUGCCUUUCCAAAUUCACCAGAGAGCUUUUUUUUCCUGCUUGGAAGCCUGAAUUGGCUUCCUUGCUCCUUCGUAGUCCCAGCUGCCUCUGUCACCACUGCACCAUUGAGGAGGAGGGGCAAAAAAGGGGCUGCUUUGAAGCUGCUCUGUCCUUCCAUCUUCUUUCAGGUCCACCCUUGCCCCUUUCUAGUGCUGCGCCUCACCUUUUCCAGCCGUCCUUUCACCUCUUAAAUGCAUAGACAUGCGCUAAGAUGUCGUCUGCCCGUACAGCUGCCGCCUGUGCCCCCCUCCCUUGCUGUAUCCAGCCAUUUCAGACAUGAACUAGGCAGCAGGUGUGGAGAACUGAAUUGAUAAGGUCAACGCUGAUAGAGAUCAAAGGUGUGAUAUCAAAGGAAGGGUGUGUGGUGUUCCAUCCAGCUAAGCCUGGAACUGCUUCAUACAGGGUUUCUGGUUCUGAUGGAAAUAAUAAACCAGGGCUACUCAGUGGAGAAAUUCCCCUCUUUUCUUCUUUCCUCCCCUCUCUGUUUGUUUCUCCUCCUUGCAGUGGCUUGCCAAAAAAAAUGCUUCACGAAGCCCAGGAAAUUCUCAAAUCUGGUGCUCGGUGCCAACCGUUUCCACAGUAGCAUCAGUUUAGGUCUGGAUGUCUGAUGAAUGGAUUUUUUAAAAAUGGUUUUCAGUUGCCAAAAUUUGAGGCCGAGUACUGAUCAGAGAACUCAUAUUAAAAAUGCUGCCCCCCCCCAACCACUUUUGGUAUUCUCAGGUGGAUCUUAAUGUCCAUGUUCCAAGUAACAAACUUGUUAAGAGAUGUCUAAAACCAAUCUUAGUGGUCCAUGGGGGAAACUGUGGUUGCCCAAAUAGCUCAAGCAAUAAAAGUAUAUUGAAAGGACUGAAGUUUCGGUUGUGCUGUAUGGUCCAGCUUGCCUCGGUUUCAUAAGGCUUUGACCUUGGUGUUCAAGAAGGUGUCCUGGUCAUCAGAUGUGGGUGGCAAGGGGAGGCUGAACUCCAUAGUUCCUGGUCCUCUGCAGUAAGCUUUUAAGCAGCUGUAGGGUAUCAGCCUGUCGUGAUGCAGUUGGGUGGCUCCUUCUGUACAAACAGCUUGCAGCCCCGCCUGCAUUUACCAAGCUGCUGAAAAUGGGUUGUCAGGGCUAUAGGAAACGUGGGUUGAGCAGGGAGGAAAUGCUAUCAAGAUGCCUUUAGUACAAGCCAAACUUCCAGUCCUCAUCCGUGAAAAUGCAACUUUCUGUUUUUUAAAAAAGUAGGAAUAGCAAACCUUUGUGCAGUAGUUUAAUGCCUUGGGCUGGCUUUGCAAGGUACAAAAUACGUAUACAGAAGGGGGUUUGGCAUUGCCACCUGUAGUUUUCUCUGGCUGCCUCCAUGCAUUGGGGAUGCAGCAGUUGGGUGUGGCUUCCCAGACUUAUUUACUGGAGAAAGGGGUGGCACAGAGAGAAGCUGGUCCAGAGGCUCAACACAGAUUCCAUGUCUGCACAGAAUGGCCCUUCAAUAUGGGGAUUUGGUAAUACACAAAGUACUCCUCAGGUUUCUCCCUAAGAUGCUUUUCAGUUUGUGUCAUGUGCUUGACUUCCCCUUUGUUUAGGCCUCUGGGAUUCAGUUUUGGAGUUCGUUUCUUUGCCACGUUGGGGGGGCGUUCCUCUUUCCUUCUCACCUGCCCUUGCUGGUGAUAAGCCAGAUGGGUUUCUGUCCUUUUGAGCUGGUUCUUUAGGGGGUGCUGGACUCCUUUGUAUAUAUCAAAUUCUGCCACUGGAUUUCAUAAUCCUGAUGACAAUGAAAAUAAAUGCAUUUCUGUGUAUGUC